GCGCGGGGCUGGUGCCCGGAGGGAGCGGGGCGCGUCCGCUGCCGUCCCGGCGAUGGAGGCGGCGCGGCGGUGGCCGCUGUGGCUGCAGGGCCUGGCAUUGCUGUGGGGCCGCGCCGUGGCGGGGCUGGAGCAGAUUCGCACCACGGUUCCGCCGGCACCAGCGCAGGCAUGUUCAGCACUUUCCCAGAAGUCCUGUGAAGAAUGUCUCAAAAAUGUUUCGUGCCUUUGGUGUUACACCAACAACACUUGUAUUGACUACCCUGUAAGAAGUAUUCUUCCAUCAUCUUCAUUGUGUUCUCUCUCAAAUGCUCGAUGGGGAGUUUGCUGGAUAAACUUCGAGGCUUUAAUUAUUGCCCUAGCUGUGGUAGCUGGACUCAUUCUGGUGUCUGUAACAGUCUGUUGCUGUUACUGCUGUUACUGCAGAAAGCGUUCCAGGAGCAGACUAGAUGAUGAAGAGGAGCAGCUAGCUAGGAAGAGAGAGGAACGAAGACUACAGUCUCUUCAGAGGAAACAUGAAAGAAAACUGAAGCAUGAUGAAAUACGUAAGAAGUAUGGUCUUCUUCAGGAUUCUGAUAACCCCUACAGCAGAUUUGAGAAUGAAUGAAAAUGAGCACCUUUCACAAGAGCUGUAACUCCAGAAUCCAGGAAGACUGUUUUCAUUUGCCCUUUGUGUUCUUUCACUUUUGAUUUUUUUUGUCUCCAAAGUUUUUUUUUUUCCUGGUUGUAAAACUAGAAGCAGCUGAAGACUUUCUGAAAUAACACGUUUCUAUCUUCUACCUGUAUAGAACUAAUUUUUUAUAAAUGUUUACUGAAGUUUAUGUUGGUUAUCUUUCCUGCUCUUAAAUCUAUAUUUUAUUACUUGAUUUAGAUGGUUAAUAGUCACAAUAAUGUGUUUCAGUUCAGUCUUAACUGCCACUUAAAGCAGGUGUUCUCAUGUUCCUAAAUAAAGAGAUUAUAUAUAUAUCUAAUAAAAAGCAACAUGGAAGCACAGCUCCACAUAGCAGAAAUAGUUGAUGAAAAAUACAUCAUGCCCAUUCUUGUGGGUGGAGGGUUUUUUGCCUGGAAAAAGAUCUUCCAAGAGUGUAAUGUGUAAGGAUUGACAGGAGCAUAUUUGUCUUUGAAUAAUUAAAUUCAGUUGUGGGAAUGUUCAUAAGUACUUUGGAUAUAGCACUGAUGUGAAAGAGAAACCAGUUAGCAAAAUUGGAAGAAGGUCAUUCUUGAAACAAACAUAGUUAUGUGUUCCUAAAUUUAAGAAACAUCAGCCUGUGUGAACACUUUAUUCUGCAAACUUAAUGUAUAUUGGAAAAAAAGUAUUAAGUUGCCCAUAUUCUGGAGUUUACCAGGGCUGACCCUGGCCAGCAGCUUAAGCACUGCCCAGCUGCUUCCUCCCUCCCUUGGGAGGAUGCGGGAGGGAAUGGGAACAGCAAAGGGUUGAGAUAAAGGCGCGGUAAGUGAGAGAGAGUAGUGGGAACAAACUCUGCAAAGGCAGUUGCCACCUCCCAGAAGCAGACCUCUGCCCAGCCUCCCCUCCGUUUUUCUUGGUGAGCCUGCAGUAGGGUCAGUUUGGGUCAAUUUUGGCCAGCUGUCCCAACCGUGUCCUCUCCCAGCUUCUUGCUCAUCCCUGGCCUACUUGCUGGAGCAGGUAGAGUGGGGGAAAAAUGAAACCUUGAUGCUGUGCAAGCAAUGCUCAGCAAAAACCAAAGCACUGGUGUGUUACCAGCACUGUUCCUGCCACAAAUCCAAAGCAAAGCAGCACUGUAAGGGCUGCUGUGAAGAAAGUUACCUCAGUCCCUGCCAGACCCAAUACAGUAAGAAGGCAGUAUUUUUUUAAGCUUUUAUUGUUCUUUUGAUAUUUCCGUAAUGUGAUUUACUUCCCGUCUUUCUUUUCAUAGAGGUGUUUCCUUGAGCACUUUUAGUAGCUUACAAGUAUGUGACAAGCAAAGAGCUCCUCUGUGCCCCCAGUCUAAUUGUACAUUCCCAUUUAUUCUGUACACUUUAAAUCAGCUCUCUUGCUGUUUAUUAUCUGUUAAACAAAUGUACAGUAUUGAAGGUGUUUGUGUUAUUUUUUGUCCACAUUCCUAAAAUAAACUCUUUUAACAUCUU